CUCUUGGGAGCUGUCCAACAUGUCAGCAUGAAAAGGAAAUAUUUCACAGCGGCUGCUGCUUGUUUGGGAGUUCCGUACACUCUACACUCAGAUUUCAAGAAAGAAAGAAUCUGCUACAUACAACAACUAAGACAGUAAUUCAGUCAAGUUUGAAGAUAAGAGCUGAAGCAAUUAAGAAUGUAAGAAAAAUACAACCAAGAUGGAAAAUGCCAAAAGGAACUGAGUUAACACGGCUAUUGCAGACACAGAGGACAAAAGGACUGUUCAUAGAACACUGUGUACAGUGUUCUUUUAGGAGUUAAUAAAUAUUUAAAUUCACAAAGGAAAAAGCGAUUUUACAUAAAAACACGUGAUAAAAAGUACAGACCCUGCUUUUGGUCAAUUUCUCCAUUACUUAUUUUCUUGCACAAAAGUGAAAUGGAAAGCGCUUUGUUUAACUCUUCCAAUUCCUCUUGUACUGAUUACAACUGCAUCACAAAAAGCGUUGAAGCGGCCAAUUUUACAAUGCCAGAACCUAUUCCAAACCUUUACAUAGCAGUACCCAUAAUGUACUCUGUGAUUUGUGCUGUAGGAUUGACUGGUAACACCGCUGUCAUUUACGUGAUCUUGAAAGCUCCUAAAAUGAAAACUGUGACAAACAUUUUUAUUUUAAACCUGGCCAUUGCCGAUGAACUAUUUACUUUAGUGUUGCCUAUAAACAUUGCCGAUUACCUUUUGCUGCAAUGGCCCUUUGGAGAAGUGAUGUGCAAAUUGAUUAUAUCCAUUGACCAGUACAACACUUUCUCUAGCAUAUAUUUCUUGACAGUGAUGAGCAUCGAUAGGUAUCUGGUGGUCCUAUACACAGCGCAAUCGAAUAAAAUGUGUUAUCGUACAUACAGAGCUGCCAAAAUAGUCUGUUUAUGUGUUUGGGCUUUUGUCACUAUCGCCAUCCUCCCUUUCACUGUUUUUGCAAAAAUCAACGACGACCACGGCAGAAUUCAAUGCGUUUUUGUAUUCCCGUACCCAGAGAGCCUGUGGUGGAAAGCAAGUCGAAUUUACACGCUCAUAAUGGGAUUUGUAAUCCCUGUAUCAACUAUCUGCAUCCUGUACAGCAUGAUGCUUUACAGACUAAGAAGUGUGCGCUUAAACAGUAAUGCCAAAGCACUGGACAAAGCCAAGAAGAAGGUGACCUUAAUGGUGUUAGUAAUACUAGCCGUCUGCCUGUUUUGUUGGACGCCUUAUCACCUCAGCACGAUUGUGGCGUUGACAACAGAUAUCCAACAAACCCCUCUGAUUAUUGGGAUCUCAUAUUUCAUCACCAGCUUGAGCUAUGCUAAUAGUUGUUUAAAUCCAUUCCUUUACGCCUUUCUUCAUGACAAUUUUAGAAAAAGUUUUCGAAAACUAUUAACGUGCAGAACAGCACCAUAGUGUGGUCCUUUUUUUCCAUGUACUUGUACAAUCUUGUCAUUUAAUGAAAAGUAUAUGAGUAACUUCUGUGUAUUGUUCUGGAGACAUGAAUGUUCAAUUGUUCCAAAAGAAGCAAUUUAUUAACUAUUGGUAUUAAUUCUUAAUCCCUAGCAUUGGGGGUAAUGGGGUCUUCUAAAAUGUAUAGGCUAUAAAAAGAUUAUGCUACUUGUAUGUGAAAUUGUUCAAAGGCAAGGAAAACCAUACCUAGCACUGAUGUUUAUUAUAUAUAUAAUUGUUCAUAAUGUAUAUUGUGUAUAUUUAGUGUUCCGUGUUUCCAAUUUAUACCGAAUUUUACUGGAAAAUUACAGGAUUUGUUUUCUUAACUGGACGUCAGUUUUUACUGAUUUAUACCCGAUUGUUGUCUAUUAUUCAGUAUUAUCCCGGUGCUAUUUUCUAGGUAAUACAAAAUAAUUUGAUUAAAAUGCUGUUAGAUGUAAGAGGAGCAAAUAAUGUUCAAAUGUGGUUCUCUGUCACUUCACAAACACACUAUCACCUGAUUAUGUUGGCCAAUCAAAGUUUGACUAUUGUGACAAUUGUUGGGCAUAGUAACUACUAGCUUGAUCAAAAAAGAAAUUUAAAUUGAUUGUAUCCCUAUUUUAAUAUAUGUAAAACAAACUACGAAAAAUUCCCAGAAUUUUUUUUUUUAAAAGAUAAAAACCGAAAACGCUGAACACUAUGUAUAUUGCACUAGCAUUGUACUUGAUUGAGUUUCUCACAUUAAUAUAUAUAUAUAUAUAUAUAUAUCUCACAAAAUACACUUUGUAAAACAAGUAAAACUAAUGCUGCUCAUGCCUAUCUUCUUUUUGCUUUAUUGUACCAAAACUUCAGUACAGGAAUUCUGUUGAAAACAAAACAUUGCUGGUGUCUAUUAUUACCAAAUGUUCAUAUAGUACAUUUCUGGAAAUGUACUAUAUGAACAAACAUUACUUUGGUAUACACUAAAUUACACACAGACAAACAUACAUAGAUAAAUAUACAUGUCAUAAGUAAAUAGAUACAAAGGUCUGUGAUAUUUACAUGUUUAUUCAAAUGAAACAGCAAUAAAGUCAACAUCAUUGGUAUCAGAUAUGUGGGCCGUCCUUUAGCUGUACUGCAUGAGAGUGGCAUUUUUCUUCUGAGGUAUGUUGUUCCACAAUUCAAGCAGGGUAUUUUUCAGGGCUGGAACACUACGAAGUGAACGAUGACAUCUAUGAAAUACCAAACAUUCAAACAGAUUUGAUUGGAUUGAACAUCAGGGUACAAGUUAACAUUCAUCAGGUACCAAAUAUUUUUAACCAAAUUAAUAUCCAGCAAUUGAUUUGGAGUCCAUAACCCUGAAAUUCCUCAAUUCUCCACAGGGUGCUGGUACACCGUCAUCCAUUGACACAUGUUCUCCAGGGGCAGGUGUUGGUAUUGAAAUGCAGGAAAGGGAUGGUCAUUUGGACUUGUCUAUAUAGAGAUACAGUAGAUGCACUUAAAAUGUAUAUUUUUUUCCAUAUUUGAUGAACAUAUAACCAAUGAAAACAUC